ACAACAAAGAUUGGAGGUUUCUUUCUGUGUUGUUCACUUGUUUGGUCUCUUUCUUUCAACCUUAACCCUUCCAAACCAACACAUAUAAAAAUCAACCCUCUCUUCUUCUUCUCUCUCCGCGGGUUGAGUUGAACUUCAAGAACCUCAUAAAACCCUUUCUCUCUCUCUCUCUCUAGAUCUGUUCAAAUCCGAAACCAUUUCCGCUCUAAUUUCCAAGAGCAAACCCUAAUCCGCUCUCUCUGUAUGAUACUAGAUUUCCCCUCCUCAAAGGCGUAGUUUUGUGUCGAUUUGUAAAUUCAUUCGGUAGUUUAGGUUAGAAUUUUUGUGUCAAGUUUUUAGGGUUUUGAAUCGGUGAGAUGAAUCACAACAACAGCAACAAUAGAGCGAGGUACCCUCCCGGGAUGGGACUUGUGCGCGGGGGUUUCAAUCCGAACCUGAGCCAGAACCCGAACCAGAACCAGAACCCGAGCCUGAACCAGAAUCAUCACGCGUUCCAGGCUCGGCCGCCGUACCACCAACAGCAACAGGCGCAAUAUGUGCAGAGGCAUUUGUUGCAGCAGCAGCAGCAACAGCAGCAGUGGCUGAGAAGGGAUGCCAACGCCGUCGACGAGGUUGAGAAGACCGUGCAGUCUGAAGCCGUCGAUUCGAGUUCCCAAGAUUGGAAAGCAAGACUAAAGAUUCCACCAGCUGAUACUCGCUACAAGACAGAGGAUGUAACGGCAACUAAAGGAAAUGAGUUUGAGGAUUAUUUUCUGAAGCGUGAGCUGCUCAUGGGAAUAUAUGAGAAGGGUUUUGAAAGGCCUUCUCCCAUCCAAGAAGAAAGCAUUCCAAUUGCUCUUACUGGUAGUGACAUUCUUGCUAGGGCUAAAAAUGGAACUGGCAAAACAGCUGCAUUUUGCAUUCCUGCAUUGGAAAAAAUUGAUCAGGACAAUAAUGUUAUUCAAGUUGUUAUACUGGUCCCAACCCGAGAAUUGGCAUUGCAAACUUCUCAAGUAUGCAAAGAACUUGGAAAGCACUUGAAAAUUCAAGUUAUGGUUACAACAGGUGGUACCAGCUUGAAAGAUGAUAUAAUGCGCUUAUAUCAACCAGUUCAUUUACUAGUUGGAACACCAGGAAGAAUAUUAGAUCUUGCCAAGAAAGGUGUUUGUAUUCUGAAAGAUUGCGCUAUGCUUGUUAUGGAUGAGGCCGAUAAGCUUCUGUCCCCAGAGUUUCAACCAUCUAUAGAGCAGCUGAUUCAUUUUCUUCCUACAACCCGUCAAAUCUUGAUGUUUUCAGCCACAUUUCCUGUUACUGUAAAGGAUUUCAAAGAUAGGUAUCUUCAAAAGCCUUAUGUCAUCAAUCUUAUGGAUGAGCUAACUCUGAAGGGUAUUACACAAUUUUAUGCAUUCGUGGAAGAGAGACAGAAAGUCCACUGCCUAAAUACUCUAUUUUCUAAGCUGCAAAUAAACCAGUCUAUCAUCUUCUGCAAUUCAGUGAAUCGGGUUGAACUCCUUGCCAAGAAAAUCACAGAACUUGGGUAUUCAUGUUUCUACAUUCAUGCAAAGAUGUUGCAAGACCAUCGUAACAGAGUGUUUCAUGAUUUCCGCAAUGGUGCAUGUCGAAAUCUUGUUUGUACUGAUCUUUUUACUAGAGGAAUAGACAUUCAAGCAGUUAACGUUGUUAUUAAUUUUGAUUUUCCCAAGAACGCAGAGACUUAUUUGCACAGGGUUGGUCGUUCUGGGAGGUUUGGGCACCUUGGUUUAGCAGUGAACUUGAUUACCUAUGAGGAUCGCUUUAAUCUAUAUAGGAUUGAACAAGAACUUGGAACUGAAAUAAAGCAGAUUCCCCCACAAAUUGAUCAGGCAAUUUAUUGUCGGUGAUUGGCUUUAAAUACCAGUGUUGUGUUUACAGUUGCGGCUAAUAGCAGUGGUUAGUGUGACCGUGGCUCAAGUAGGUGGGUGAGAGGAUCUGCUAAGCUAGUGGCAAAUUGUGUAUUAUUGGAACCUGGCAUGAGAGGAUGCACUGUCAAAAACUGGGUAUUACCCAUUACUGAGUGCUUUCAGAUUAAUUCUGGUUUUGGGAGCCCUGAAACAUUGUUGAGACCUUUAAAAAGUUUAAUAUUGGCUUUUAUCUGCCAGAUAGUUAUUGGGUUCAGUUUGGGUUUCUGUUUUACAUUUGCAGAUUUAUUCUGUCAUUACAUGUUUUUAGUAUUGUAGUUUUAUAAUUGAAUGUUUUAGGGAUGAUAUACCUUGAUAUGGACAUGUUCCUUCCUUAUGCUAUUAUCCUAUGGCGAAUGCUCAUCGGUGUCUUCAGGGCACUGACUAAGGAAUUCAAAAUAGUAACUUUUCAUUAAAGUGUCAUGAAUAUAUCUCUAUUCUGUACUGUGAUUUCGAAUGCAUUUUCAAUUUGGAUUUUAAUAAAAACUUUUUGGAUUCCUUAAUCAGUGCCCUAGGGUUACUUAUUAGCAAGACCCUUGUGCUAUCAGUUUACCAUUAUAGGUUCUCUUAUAGAUUGUAGAUUAGUUGUAGGAAUCUCAACAUUUGCUGCUCAUAUUAUGCCAUAUGGUUCUUGGUGGUGCCGGUUUAUCCACAAUUGCUUGUCGCUAGGAUUUUCAUGGCCAUUGCCGUUGAAGACUCGAAGUCCUAACCAAGCUUCUGGAGCCUUUCUUUUGAUAGAGUCCUUUGUCUUUUUUCAAUUGUUAAUUUCAUGAAACUAUGUAGAUAUGGGACUGAAAUGGUAUUUCUGCUGGGUAUCUUCUGAUUUUCAUGGAUUUUCAGCAUUGGGUACAAUGCACAUUUUCAAGUAAAAAAAGAAUGCACAUUUCCAAGCGUCA